AUGACAAAUGAGGCCCAAACGAAGGGAAGGGGUUCCACAAAUUCAACGCCUUUCAUUAUUUCACUGCUUUCAGACGGAAGGCCGAACACACGUUCGCUACUACGCACAUCGAGCGGUCGAAUCGCAUUGGACCACGACGAGCCGUAUCACGCGCCACGACGAGAAAUGAGUCCAGCAGAUUACUCGUACAGUGAUCCUCUUGGACCGGCACCACCAAGACCGCGAACUGGGAUUCGCCGACCAGACGGCGAAGUUACAGACACCUUUGAUGAUGAGCAGUUCGAUGAAUCUUUGUUGCCCGAGUGA